UGGGGGGGGGGGGGGGGGGCUCUGUUUGCUCCUGGAAAACUUAAUUGGGCACUUUCCUGCAAGGAAGAUCCGAGCCACGCCUUGUUGUCAGGCAGUUCUCCUCUGUGAAGGGGGCACCCACCAUAGCCGGGAGGGCACCUGGGCGCGUCUGGGGAGUGGCAGCAUCUUUUCAAGGCAGAGCAGAAGGGACGUUUGUUUGUUUCUCCUUUGAACCAACUCCAAUCCGAAUUCAGUUUGCUGAACACGGGCCGUCUGGUUCCUCUCUGGGGUCUGAAUCUGUCUCUUCUGCCCAGGCAUCAAACGGGCGCUUGGGAAACACCCCACCCCCAAAAAAAGUCUGUCCCCUCUCUGGGAACGGGAGCAGCUGGCUUUCUGCGGGUGAGGAAGUGCCCCCGGGUGGCCCUCUCAGAUGAGACCUCAGAGGGUCAAGGUUUGUUUACUGCAUCCAGAUGCAUCACGUCGCUUUAGACCGGUUUUUUUAGGUGGAUUUUUUAAAUGCCUGGUGGCCAAAGGAGGAAGAGGAAGGGCGGGCUUGAUGGGCAUCCAAUGGGCCAGGCCUGGGCGGCUAUAUUAUCCUGUCCCGUGGCUGGAAGGAGACACGGCUCCUGCCCUUUGGCUGCUGCAGGGGGGAGGGACGGGUUGGCACUUCUCCCUGGCAGCUGCCAAGGCUCUUCUCUGCCGCGGCUGCUGAGUGGCAACAUGGCUGUUCUCUUGGCUCCCGGGGGCCAAGGCUUGCUCCGGGCCUCGCUCCUGGGCAUCCCGCGCAUGGCACCGGCGGUGCGCUCCUGCUGCAGCAAGACCCACCCGGCCAUCCACCGGGGCAUCGGCCGCAGCACUCCUGGCGGUUCUUUCCUGCACGCCCCCCUGGGCAGGAAGCUGCCCUGCCCUCGCCGGGCAUCAGGCUCUGCGUUCAACAUACCCCCCAGCGCCGAGGAGAUAGCCAGGCCGGUGGGCGUCUGCUCCAUGUUCAAGCUGCCCAUGCGGGAUUCGGCCGAAGGGCUGGACGUGGCCUUUGUGGGCGUCCCUCUUGACAUUGGCACCACCCACCGCCCCGGGGCCAGGUUUGGCCCAAGGCACCUCCGUGCCGAGUCGAUCUUGGUGCGCCAUUUCAACCCAGCCACUGGGGCCGACCCCUACCACUCGCUCCAGGUGGCUGACCUCGGGGACGUCAACAUCAACCUCUACGACCUGAAGGACAGCUGCAGGAGGAUCCGGGAAGCCUUUCGGGGGAUCGUGGCGGGGGGCUGCAUCCCCCUCACACUGGGUGGAGACCACACGAUCACCUACCCCAUCCUGCAGGCCGUGGCAGAAAAACACGGCCCGGUGGCACUGAUCCACGUGGACGCCCACACCGACACGGCUGACCAAGCGCUGGGGGAGCGGAUCUACCACGGCAGCCCUUUCCGGCGCUCGGUGGAGGAGGGGUUGCUGGACUGCCAGCGGGUCUUCCAGAUCGGGAUCCGGGGCUCCUCCUACUCUCCGGAUCCGUACAGCUUUUCCUGGGAUCAGGGCUUCCGGGUGGUGCUGGCUGACGACUGCUGGAUGAAGUCUCUGGCCCCCCUGAUGACCGAAGUGAGGGAGCAGGUGGGGGACCGGCCACUCUACAUCAGCUUCGACAUCGACGCGCUGGAUCCGGCCUUCGCUCCCGGCACAGGGACCCCCGAGACGGCAGGUCUCACCCCAGCCCAGGCCCUGGAGAUCAUCCGAGGCUGCCAAGGAUUACGCGUCGUGGGGGGGGACCUGGUAGAAGUGGCCCCCGUGUACGAUCUGUCUGGUAACACUGGGCUCCUGGGCGCCAACCUGCUCUUUGAAAUGCUGUGCGCCCUCCCUGGGGUGAAGAGGCAUCCUGUCCCCCAAAAGGCCACGCAGUCUGAAUAGAAGGAGGGAGCUGCCUCUGGGACUCUGGCUUUGCAACAUCUUUUCCGUUUUUAGCAAGAAGUAGCUAGUCCUCAUUGCUGCAGUGAAAUCCUGAGGACGCUGGAGGGGACAAUGGCAAGAGGCCGGCUCCUGAGGCUGACCUGAGUCCUCCGCUUAGGGGGAGAGGCUGAAGACGCAUCCGGCAGCAUCAGCAGAGUCCUUCCCCCCCACCACCACCACCACCCCAAAAGCAGAGGCUUUAUUGAGAGGAAGAUUGGCACCCAGAUCCCUGGAAGAGAGCCAGCUGCCCUUUAGAGCCCCUCUGGCCCUCCCCUCCGUCUCAGCCGGGGUCCCUACACAUCUUGGGGGGAACUGGCCCCCUCAGUGAAACCCACCCCAGCGCGAAGCAUACUUGGUGAUGCCAGUUCCCCGGAGAAUCUGGAAACCCCCUCUACCCCCCUCCCCCCGUGGGGUGCCCCUGCUUCCGGUC